AUGGGGGACUGGAAUUUCCUUGGAGGCAUUCUGGAGGAGGUUCACAUCCACUCCACGGUGAUUGGAAAGAUGUGGCUCACCAUCCUGUUCAUAUUUCGAAUGCUUGUUCUGGGUGUAGCAGCUGAAGAUGUCUGGAAUGAUGAGCAGUCUGGCUUCAUCUGUAAUACAGAACAACCCGGCUGCAGAAAUGUAUGCUAUGAUCGGGCCUUCCCUAUCUCCCUCAUUAGAUACUGGGUUUUGCAGGUGAUCUUUGUGUCUUCACCAUCCCUGGUCUACAUGGGCCAUGCUUUGUACCGACUGAGAGUUCUGGAGAAGCAGAGGCAGAUGAAGAAGGAGCAACUGAGAGGUGAACUGGAGGAGGCAGAGCUUGAAACGCCUGGGGAUCGGAGGCGACUGGAGGAAGAACUGUGUCAGCUGGAGCAAAGGAAAGUAAAUAAAGUUCCACUCAGAGGAACCUUGCUUUGCACUUAUGUGAUACACAUUUUCACUCGCUCUGUGGUUGAAGUUGGGUUCAUGAUUGGACAGUAUCUUUUAUAUGGAUUUCACUUAGAGCCUCUAUUUAAAUGCCACGGCCACCCAUGUCCAAAUACAAUUGAUUGUUUUGUCUCUAGACCCACAGAAAAGACAAUAUUCCUAUUAUUCAUGCAAUCCAUAGCGACUGUUUCACUUUUCUUAAAUGUUUUAGAAAUUUUCCAUCUAGGUUUUAAAAAGAUUAAAAGAGGGCUUUGGGGACAAUAUAAAUUGAAGGAUGAACAUAAUGAAUUUUGUACCAAAUCAAAACAAAACCUUGCCAAAUAUCAAAACACAUCUGCAAACUCACUGAAACGACUCUCUUCUGCACCUGAUUAUAGUCUGUUAGUGGACAAGCAAACACACAGAGCAGCGUAUCCUAGUUUAAAUCCCUCUGCAUUUCAGACAGACCCUGAUAACCAUAUUGGAAAUGAUGACAAAGGCAUUUUGGAUGAACAGGAAACUCUACUUUCUGAGAUGUGCACAUUUAGUACGGCCUGUGGUCAUCUUCAAAAUAUCAGCUCAAGUGAUAAAGAAGACACUCAUAAAGUAUCUGGAAAAGAAGUUAAUAAUGGUAACCAGUUGAGGGGAAAAAGAGAAAUUGAUGGCAAAGACAGCAAAAGAAAUCACUACUUUAAAGGUCACUGUUCCAGUCCAGGUGAUGCUAUAGAGCUUAACAACCACGUGGGACAGUCACCCCAAACAGCUUUCUCUCUGCCAGCUAACUGCACCUGGAAACCGAAGUGGCCUCGGGCUACCCGGGGUCCCUCUGCAGAAAGUGAAAACCAGGCAUUACCUCCUAAAGGUAACCUCAAGGGCCAGCUCAGGGAGAGCACAACCAGAACCCUUCCUCCUUCACAGGGAGACUUUCAACCACUUGACAUUCCAGACACUCCUGAUUCUUCGGGAGGGCUGUCCUUUGAAUCCAAGUUGGUCAGAACCUGCAGUAACCCUACUGCUUGUACUCCAACUCAUUUGGUGUCACUGACAAACAACCUCAUUGGAAGGCGGGCUCCCACAGACCUUCAGAUCUGAACAUCCGUUGGCGUUUAGACAUUCUCUAUAUUACAUUAUCACAGAAGUAGCCUAGUGAUGGUGGA